GCCUCGCCUACAGUCUCCUCCCUAUCCACACUGGAGUCGUUACGUUCACACUAGACAAGGCAAGGCGCGCUCUUCCGGCGACCGACCCGGCAUGGACAGCCUCAGCGCGAAUCCGGCGAACUCGAGCCCGCUCACGCCGCUCGGAUUCCUGGAGCGUGCGGCCACCGUGUACGGCGACUGCCCCUCCGUCGUCUACCACGACACCGUCUUCACCUGGUCCCAGACCUUCCGCCGAUGCCUCCGCCUCUCCUCCGCGCUCGUCUCCCUCGGCAUCUCCCGCCGCGACAUCGUGUCCGCGCUCUUGCCCAACGUGCCGGCCAUGUACGAGAUGCACUUUGGCGUGCCCAUGAGCGGCGCCGUGCUUAACACCAUCAACACGCGCCUCGACGCGCGCACGGUCGCCGUCCUGCUCCGCCACUCCGGCUCCAAGCUCGUCUUCGCGGACCCAGCGUCGCUUCCGCUCAUCCGCGACGCGCUCCAGCUGCUCCCUCCAGGGCACCCGGCGCCGCGCGUCAUCCCCGUCGAGGAUCCCCACGAGAAGGAGUUCCCGGCUGCCCCUGCCGAGACCUUGACGUACGAGAGGCUUCUAGAGAAGGGUGACCCGGAGUUCGCGUGGGUGCGGCCGGCGAGCGAGUGGGACCCGAUGAUACUGAACUACACCUCCGGUACGACGUCGGCGCCCAAGGGCGUGGUGCACUGCCACCGCGGGAUCUUCUUAGUCACCGUUGAUUCGCUUGUGGAUUGGGCGGUGCCGCCGCAGCCGACGUACCUGUGGACGCUGCCUAUGUUCCACGCCAACGGCUGGAGCUUCCCGUGGGGGAUGGCUGUGGUGGGCGGCACUAACGUCUGCCUCCGCCGCGUCGACGCCGCCGAGGUGUACGCCACGAUCGCGCUCUGCGGGGUCAAUCACCUCUGUGGCGCGCCCGUCGUGCUCAACAUGCUGGCCAACGCCCCCGAGGGCGUACGCCAGCCGCCCCCAGGAAAGGUGCGCAUCCUCACGGCCGGCGCGCCGCCGCCGGCAGCUGUGCUGGACCGCACGGAGGCCAUUGGCUUCGAGGUCAGCCACGGGUACGGGCUCACCGAGACUGCAGGCCUUGUGGUGUCGUGCGCGUGGAAGGGGGAAUGGAACAAGCUCCCCGCGUUGGAGCGCGCACGGCUCAAGGCGAGGCAGGGCGUGCGCACCCCGGGCAUGGCCGAAGUCGACGUCAUCGACGGCGAAACCGGCCGCAGCGUGCCCCGCGACGGCUCCACGAUGGGCGAGAUCGUGCUCCGCGGCGGGUGCAUCAUGCUUGGCUACCUGAACGACGUGAAGGCGACCAAGGCGGCGAUACGCGACAACGGGUGGUUCUACACGGGGGACGUCGGCGUCAUGCACCCGGAUGGGUACCUGGAGAUCCGCGACCGGUCCAAGGACGUGAUCAUCAGCGGCGGGGAGAACAUCAGCAGCGUGGAGGUCGAGUCCGUGCUCUACGGGCACCCGGCGGUGAACGAGGCGGCGGUGGUGGCGCGGCCGGACGAGUUCUGGGGCGAGACGCCGUGCGCGUUCGUGAGCCUCAAGGAUGGCGCGGCGGGCGCGGUGACCGCGGCCGACGUCAUCGCGUGGAGCCGGGAGCGCAUGCCGCGCUACAUGGUGCCAAAGACAGUCGUGUUCCGCGCCGAGCUGCCCAAGACCUCCACCGGCAAGAUCCAGAAGUACGUGCUCCGGAACCUCGCCAAGGAGAUGGGGCCCACCCGCAAGGGCGCCAGUAGCAGCAGCAAGAUGUAGGGUUGUCUUCUUGCUUGGCAUCGACAUGACGACAUGUGCUCUGCUCGGUCUGUCGCAGGCUUGCAGCAUGGCAGUGGCAUGUAUUAUCGUGAGAUCAGCAAACCAGCAAAAGAUUGUAUUUUGUGGCAUGAUAAUUUAUGUCCUCCUCAGUCCUCC